UCUUAGCAAGGAUCCCCCUUGUCUCCUGUAGGUUCUUAGCCCCAAAGUGUCAAGGAUCAGGCUGCCCUUGGGGCACAUAGCUACAGACAGGGAGGGGAGGGAAAGGGGAAGCAGGGCUGAGUCUUAGUCUCCUGCUACUGGUAAUGAGCUGUAUGGUUUCUCUGAACCUCAGUUUCCUCCUCUGUAAAAUGGGCUAAUUCUACCUUCCCUCUAGUAGGAUUGCAGAUGUGGCUUGGAAAACAUCUCUUUCUCUCCUCCCACACCUUCCCCUGCCCCUGCCCACCACGAGAAUUGGAGGCAGCUUGCCCAACCCCCUGGGAGGUGCCCCCAGGCAGGGCGGGACAAGGCAGCCAGGAGGAGUCAAUUAAUGGGUGGAAAAGCAGAAGCAGCAGAGUUUCAUUGAACCACUUCCUGUCCACCUGCCAAGCUGUCGCACACCACCUGCCUGAAACCGUGCUAUUCCAGGACCAUGAGGGGCUCCUGGAGAGCUGCUGAGCACCUCAUCAGAACCGGGUUGAGGUUCUGGCACUUGGGGAUCCGAAAGGCAUUUGUUCCACUACACGCUGCCUGGAAUACCUUCUCCCAGCCUGUCCCAGCCAGCUGUGGCCAGUUGCUAACCCACCUCCUCCUGUGUGGGUCCUUGGCUGUCACUACUGCAAGUCUGGUACAUCACUGGCUGAUAUCUUCACAGCUUUAUCCUCUGGGACUCUCGGCCAUGGUGGCUACAGUCUGUGGCCUCCUGGUCUUCUUGGCCCUGGGCCUGGUGCCUCCAGUUCGCUGCCUGUUUGUGCUCAGUGCGCCCACCUUAGGCACAAAGCAGGGCCGCCAGCUGCUCCUGUCCUACAGUACUGCCACCCUGGCCAUUGCGGUGGUGCCAAAUGUCUUGGCCAACAUUCGUGCCACCGGGCAGGUGCUGAGAUGCGUCACUGAGGGCUCCCUGGAGAGUCUGCUCAACACCACUCACCAGCUGCAUGCUGCCUCCAGGGCUCUGGGCUCUGCAGGUGAAGCAGGCAACCGGGGCCUGACAUUCGAGGCCCAGGGCAAUGGCUCUGCCUUCCGGCUUCACAUGCUCAAGGUUGCUCAGCAGGUCCUGGAGGAUUUCUCUGGCCUGGAGUUCCUGGUGCGGGCAGUAGCACUGGGAACCCAGCAGGUGGUCCCAGGGCUGUUUAUGCUUGGCCUCCUGGUGGAAUCAGCCUGGUACCUCCAUCGCUACCUGACAGACCUGCGGUUUGACAAUAUCUACAUGACGCGGAGGCUGGCUCAGCAGCUGGCUCAGGCCCAGGCCACACACCUCAUGGACGUCCCACCAGCCUGGCUGCUCCAGGUGGCCCAGCCAAAGCUGUCACAGGAGGAGCUGCUGAGCUGUCUGCUAAGGCUGGGACUGCUUGUCCUGCUCCUAGUGGCCACAGCUGUGACAGUGGCCACAGACUACAUGGCCUUCCUUCUGGCACAGGCAGCUGUGAAGUGGGCUCAAAAGCUGCCCAUUGUGCCCAUCACACUCACAGUCAAGUAUGAUGCAGCAUACACGGUCCUGGGCUUCAUCCCCUUCCUCUUCAACUAUCCAGCCCCUGAGAGCUCCUUCCUCUCCAUGCACAAGGCCUACACAUGGGAGCUCCGCCUCACCUCCCGCGACUGCCGGCUGCUGCCGGCCCAGCGACCUUGCACCGACUCAGCCCUGGCCGCCGGAGCCCUGCAGCUCCUGGCCGGCUCCACCGUGCUCCUGGAGACCUACGCCCGGCGCCUGCGGCACGCCAUCGCCGCCUCCUUCUUCUCCUCCCAGGAGGCCAGGAGGGUCUGCCACCUUCAUGCCCGGCUCCAGCGAAGAUACAACCGGCGCCAAGGCCAGAAGCUGGCCCAGGGGGCUCCUUCCUGAAUGACACCCAGGGCUACCUGCAGGCAUCGAGCACGGAAAACCUUUGCAACAGACCUGAGUUGCAACCCUGGCUCUGUGACGCUUCCAUGGAUCUUGGGUGUAUCGCUGAACUUCUCUGAGCCUCUGUUUCUACAUCUGCGCAAUGACUGCGUGGUGACAAUCAUCCCGAACCACUUUCCACAAGGGAAUGUGCAAGGAGAUACUGAACUUGCACGGCCUGGAAGGACGAUGCAGGGGCAAAGUAAGAAGUGGAGACAGUUCGAGGCUACUGCAGGCUACUUGGAGAUCAGUCCGGUCUCCCACCUGCUCCAGCUGCUUUACCUGUUAGGUGGAGACUCAGCCUCAUGAAUUCAUCUGCAUGCUUCUGGAACUUAUUUAUAUGCCCCUGAAUUCG